AUGAUCGGCCUGCCGUUUUCACGUCGACGAGAAUCACGUAUUGUCUAUGCAGUUUUUGUAAUUUACCUAUUCUUUCGAUUAUACUUUUUUGAUUAUGAAUCAGUUCCGAAAAAGCGUCGAAUAGAAGAAGUACCUUUGAAUUGUGAUCCUAUAAUAAAUGGAACUGAAAAUGAACGAGUUUUGUCGAAGGCGAAACAAUGGGAUUAUCAUUUUAACUGGAUUGAGGACGAAAUGUUUACCAGUAAAAACAUAUGCGAAGUCAUUCAUAAAUAUUAUAAAUUUGCGGACAAUCCCAUAUCAGAAGAAGAAGAAAAUUAUCCAUUGUCGUUCGGUCUCGUAGUAUAUAAAAACAUAGUUCAGGUUAUCCUGCAACUUAGCAUAUUUUAUCAACCUCAACAUUUAUUCUGCAUCACUGUUGACGAAGCGAGCAGCACGAAUUAUAAAAAUGCCAUGAGAAAACUGCCAAGCUGUUUUCCUAAUAUGAAAGUUGCAAUUGGCGAGAAGUCGGAAUGGGGCUCGUUUGGAAUAUUGAAAAAUGUGUAUAGCUGCUUUGAUUACUUGACAAAGGCUGACCAUGAUUGGAAAUAUUACCAAUACCUCUCAGGGACCGAUUUGCCGCUGAGAACGAAUUUGGAAAUGGUUCGAAUAUUCAAAGCACUCAAUGGUUCCAUUAAUACUGAUGUUGAGGAAUUUGAAGUUGAUCGUUAUAAAAAUAUGGAAGGUGUUCUACCGCCGGUACCAGUUUAUAAAUCGAGUAUGUCGGUUCUUGUACCACGCGAGGCUGCAAAUUUCAUUGUAAAAAACCAUCGAGUUCGGCGUUUAUUACAGUAUCUUAAAGCCACGUGGAUUCCCGAUGAGUCAUUCUGGACUAGUGUCGCCGGAUCUCCGAAAAUUCUUCCGGUGCCUGGUUCAUUUCGUGCACGUGACAUUUUUUGGCUGCGGAAGCAUUUUCGACUUCGUGCUCCUGAAAAAAACACGGUUGAUUAUGUCGGCACUUCUUAUAUUGGUCGCUACCAAGUAUGGGCGUGGCAGAAGGAAUGCUAUGGAAAACUCAAGGAUUGGUCAUGCGUGUUUGGAGUUGGAGACAUUGAAGAAGUUGUGACAAGACCCGAGAUGAUUGCCCACAAAUUAUAUAUUGAUUUCGAGCCGGCUGGCAUGAUGUGCCUUUUUAAAGAAAUUCGACGACGAGAGCAUCUUGCGGAAAACUUCGAUGCUUCGAGCUAUGCUAAAAUGCCGACGGUUGAAAUGCAUCAAGGGCGCGCAAUUUCGCAAUUAACACAUCCCAACUGGAUAAUGCGAAAUUCAUUUUACAACCCUGAAAACGAGGACGAUGAUAAGCUCGAGUUAUAG